UAUGGUGCGGCGGGACGCGGGGCGGGGGGUGCCGGUCCGCCCCGCUCGGUGAGGGCACCGGACCCGCCUCCCUCCGCCGCGGCCCCUGCCCUGCCCUGCCCUGCCCAGGGGCGGCCGGAGCGGCGGCGAUGAGCGGCACGGAGCGGCCGGAGGAGGCGGCGGCGGCCGCGGGCGGGCCCGGGCGCUCGCUGGGCCCCAGUGAUGCAUCUCCAGAUGAAGGAGUAGUAGAAGAUCUGCCUUUAAUAGAUGAGAAAGCUGUGGAGCAGCUGACUGAAGGAUUGAUUUCCCAUUAUCUGCCUGAUCUUCAGCGAUCAAAAUCAGCCCUGCAGGAACUUACACAGAACCAGGUGGUAUUACUAGAAACACUAGAACAAGAAAUUUCAAAAUUCAAAGAGUGUAACUCCAUUAUUGAAAUCAAUGCUUUGUUUUCAGAAGCUAAACACUAUCACAACAAGUUAGUGAAUAUUAGAAAUGAAAUGAUGAUGAUCCAUGAGAAGACAUCAAAGUUAAAAAAAAGAGCACUUAAGCUGCAACAAAAGAGGCAGAAGGAGGAAUUAGAACGAGAGCAGCAACGUGAGAAGGAACUUGAAAGAGAGAAACAGUUAACAGCAAAACCUGCAAAGAGGACAUGAAGGAGCAUGCAACAACUUGUCUGAAUUAAUGAUUUCUGCAUUCUCUGGAUUUAAGGCAGACUUUGCUUAAACUGGGCUAUAGCUGUUUCUGGCAACCUAUGGUAAUACCCUAUGGUAUUAUAAAUUCCAGAACGGUAAUAGUGUUGGUAACAUUCACAUUUCUUCAUUUCAGCCAUUCAAGUUGCCUUCUUUUGUAAUGCUAUGCAGUUUGAUAUUAUUAUAAUGUAAGUUAAUUUUUUUUUUAUAUAUGUAUAUAGGAGAACUUAGGCAUCAUAAUUUUAAAGAUCUAUCAAUUUUUUUUUCAUCUGUCCUUCUGGUGUUUAGAAUUCUGAGAGAUAUCUGGUGACUGGCACAAUAAAACAUAACCAGAACUAAACAAUUUCCUCUUCAUGUGAAAUUCAGUUACCCGUAGAAAACGAUUGCAUUUAAUGGCUUUUUCCUUAACAAAUGAAUCAUUUGCACUUUGGGACAAUGUAAGAGAAUUUUUGUUAUGCUGUCCUUACCUAAAUUAAUGAUUAUUAGCAUGUACUGAUGAUAAAUUUGAAUGGAGGUUGAUAUCCAUUUCUCUGAAUGUAAUUCCUAUCUUGCAGCACUUGGUGUGAACUCCCAUUCCAAUGAAUGUACAUGUUGCCUAGACUGGUAAAAGAGCUUUAAAUUAUUUGUUCCUACAGUCUAACAAACUAGCUAUUUUAUAUGUGUUAUUUUAAUGUAAGUGAUGUGUUUUGAAGUAAGAUAAAAGGUAAGCUAUAUAAAGUUUUCCAUAAAAUACAUAUGGGAAGGUAUCAGAGGGGCACAGGCAAUUUUACUUUUUCUUCUGUUUUAGAUGACUUACACUGUUACACUGUACACCUGCCUGGACUCUUCUAUAUUGUAAUUUUCUUGUAAUUACCUGUUCUUAAUAUUUGUCAUCUUUUUCUAACAAGUACCCAUCCAAUAUGCAGGGUAAACUGGGACAAUAUUUUGGGGCAAGGAGAAAAAACUACUUGAAGCCUACUUAAAGUCUGAAGAGGCACUGAAAUGCUGUUACUGAAGCAGUAAUAGAUUAAAACUUUCCACAGGUAUUUUUCCCUUAAGUUGACUUGUGUCUGUUACUUGCCAGUGGAUUGUUGGCCCGUGCUGUGGUUUGUAUGUAUUUCUAAGAGAAAUGUAAAGAAUUUCCACAGUCCAUUUUUUGGAGCAGAAUGUACAUAAGUAAAUGUUGUUUAAAUAUUUUAUUUUGUAAUGUAAUUUGAAAAUCAGAUUCUGGGAAUUUAAACAGUUCUCAUUAAAGUAUAACAUAAAACUAGAUGCCUCA